AUGCAAGCUACUCUGCCAUCACCACAGCGCUCGCGCGCAUCAUCGGGCAGCAAGUCGCCACUUUCUCUCGACUUCUCAGACCUGCCACCACUGGUCGAGCCAUCACCACCCUCAAACACACUCAUCAUAACCAACCUUCUUGCUCCCGAAAUCUUCCAACUAUCAACCCUUACCGAGAUCCGCGAAACCAUCGACCAACAUGCAAAAGUACACACAUGGGCGCCGCUCAAGUCCUUCCGUCGCAUCGUGGUAUCCUUCUUCGACAUUGACUCUGCGAUACAAGUUCGACAAGCCCUCGAUGGCGAGCAGCUCAUGGGCUAUCGCAUCCGCGUAUAUUUCGGUGUAAACACACCCAUGAACCCCUCAGACCAGCACCUCGCCCUACCCAAGUCAGACCGCCUAUUUUUCAUCUCGCCGCCACCUUCACCACCGAUGGGUUGGGAAAUGAAGGAAGAGGAUGCGCCCAACAAGAUUGUGCACCCUGAAGACCUCGCAGCAGCGCUGGCGCGGUUGCAUGCAAAUCACGAGGCGACUUCACCCGAGACCGAUCACGGAGGUGCUCCCAUUACAAGGAGGCGGACCGGCAGCACGACUGUAGUUUACCACCCCGAAGACCACGGCGAUUCACCGAACCUUCCAGCUAUAUCAGUUGAAGACACAACAGAGACACCUGAGCCUUUGACCCCCAUCGAUGCGAUGGAAGGGAUUGAGGGACCGAUCGCGUCGCAGAAGGCACAGGGCAUGACAGUCAGCACCGCGAGGCCGCCGGUCGAGCUCAUGCAAUAG